CUACAUGUAUACCGGAAGUAAACAACACGUGGUCGAUGUUUUUUAAGCUGAUAAGAGACCCGGCAUCGUACUCGAUACGUCGAGUCAUCUCGGACAUAAAACUAGCUUCACGGGUGUUAAUCUAUUAUAUCUGUGUUUGUUGACAAUCAGAAGAACACAUCAUGGAGAAUGUUUUGAUGCCGAGGGAUGCUGGUAGAUUGAUAGCAGAGACGAGUAAAGAUGUCACCAUCAAUGAUGAAGGCGUACAGAAACUGGCUAAACUGAUGUAUGAAUGUGUAAAGACAAAGAAAUAUACUAUUGCAAACUGGAAAAGUGACCACGAAUUGAAUCCUAGUAAGAUGACCAAAGCAGAAGUGGACUGGGUAUUUGUGGCAGACACAUUAAAUUUCUCAUUCUGGUCGAUGAAUGACAAUGAGAAGUUCAAGGUCACAUACAAGGGCACAGAGUACACUGGUUACUGGUCCUGGGUGGCAGCUCUCAACCGUGCUCUAGAUAAUGGCAUUCCACUGACAGACCCUAGCUACUAUGCCAGUGUCAGUAAGGAAGAAUUGUGUAACAUAUUCAAGUCAGACACUGAUUGUGAUGUCCCACUUUUAGAGGAACGGUUACAGGUCCUUCAGGAAGCAGGCAAAGUCCUGCUAAAGAAAUAUGAUGGGAGUUUUGUAAACUGUAUAGAAAAAUGUGGAAAGAGUGCUCAAACCUUAUUGAAGCUGGUAGUUACAGACUUCCAGUCAUACAGGGACGAGACAGAGUACAAUGGCAAGCAAGUUGCAUUUUACAAGAGAGCACAGAUUCUUAUUGCUGAUAUUUGGGCCUGUUUUGAGGGAAAAAAUUAUGGAGAGUUCCACGAUAUAGACACCAUGACCAUGUUUGCAGAUUACAGGAUUCCUCAAGCAUUGGCCUAUUUUGAUGCUAUGUUGUAUUCUAAAGAGCUGACAGAAUAUAUGAAAGCAGACAAAAUGAUGAAGACCGGUGACCGAUACGAGAUGGAGAUCAGAGGCUGUAGUAUAUGGGCCACUGAGCUAGUAUGUGAGGAAGCUAAGAAGUUGUUACAGGCAGAUGCGGAGACGAAAGAUGGCCACAUUAACUCUAUUAUUAUUGAUCAUUAUCUGUGGGACUACAGGCGGGACCACGCUGAUGACCCCAAAAUGGCCGACAUUCCAUUCCACAAAAUACGCUGCAUAUAUUACUGACCAUGUUAUAUAUAUGACAGUCGACCUUCUGUGAGAUGAAGGUCAAGGGAAGCGAUGACCUAGCUUCUAUAAUAUAAAGGUCACUAGAUACCCUACAUGGGUUAGUAGGUGCUUUAAGUAUACGGUUUAUGUAUCCCAUGUAUUGUUAUAUGCCCAUGUCAAUGUUCUCAUUCUCACCAUGUUUUGUCGUAACUCAUAUUUACUAAAAUGAGUUUAUCUUUUGAGUUGAUCACCAUAAAUUCAUCGUCAUUCUCUUCUCUUAGUAUAGUAAUAACUUUCUCGGUCGAUAAGUGUGUCCGUUACACAAAUCUUGUGUACACAAGGUUCUCAUGAACCCCUCUAAACUGACUUCAUAUUCUCACCAUUGUAUCAUGAUCAGGCUAGGGUUUGGUGGUCAUUGGUCAAGAUCAAAGUAAGGUUUUACAAGUGCUUGACCUCUUCUGAAAUAGAUUCUGUACAAGAUAUCUCAGGAACUCCAACAAGGUUAAAGGGUCAAAGGUCAAACUUAAAAAGUAUUUGGCAGAUCUAUAUACACCUAUAUAACCACAUGCACCAUUUACUGACAAGCUAGAGGUAUAUGUUCUUACCAUAUUUUAUACACUGACUCGGAGGUUGCAUAUUACUACUACUUUCUAGAACCGAGAAUUGUUCCUAUUACAUGUAUUUUGUCUCCAUUUCAGAUGCAAAAUAUAAACUUUAUAACAUUUUUUCUUCUGAUUCUUACAGAAGUCUUUUCCAGGUCUAAACUUUUUCACUGGCUCCAUGCAGUACUGCCAAACUUUCAGGAUCUCAGACUUUAACUAGAAUUGAUUCACAGGAUUGAUUGUUAUCUAUAAUUGCAUGAACAGUGUAACUUUUAUUUUCUUGAAAUGUUAAAUGUAUAAUUUUAUAAUUCCAUUCUACAUUGUAUAUUUUUUUAGGUACUUUGUAUAUCUAGGAUUACAUACAGUUGUUUUAAUGUAAAUUUGUACUGUAAUUGUUCGGUAAUUCAAUCCAAGGAGUGGGAACAAUACAGUAAAGUCGAAAACAUAUCAACAAAGCUCGAUAAAUUUGUUUCAAAUUAGUGCAAAUCAGCAGGUUAAAACAUUUCACACAGCUACAGAGAAUUUACAGGUCUAUUGAAUUGGAACAUAUCGGCCACAUAGUUAUAACUCCUUGGGUUGUACAGAUCUGUAUUGGUGCUGAUAUAUUGAGUAUAUCCAUGGACCUCAGAGGAUGUAAUUAGAAUGUUUUUCCACCAUCUGUAAGUGAUUUUAUUGUUAUAUUUUUGUUUUAUAAUAAAUACAUCAAACUAGAACAUUGUCUAUCUUAAUUACAUUCAAUGAAUCACAAUAAAAUGUUCUGUACUUUUGUGCAAGUAACUUUCUAAA